AUGAUGGCUUCAAUACAGAAAUCUAGCCCUUGGGCUGGUAUGAUUACGUGGUUAGUAUGGGGUGCUGCACCGCAACCAUUUGCUCUCGCAGCUGAGCACCACACCAACACUUUCCGAAAGUGCAUGGGAGACUCCGACUCGAAUGGAAAACUGGGGAGCUCGCUUGGCAUAGAUGGUAAGAUCCCCGCAGUGUUACCCAGCUCCACGAGGCAACUCAUUCGUCAAAGGGUUCUGGGUCUGCCUUCCAAAGGCUGUGUUGAUCCUCAACCGCUGACUUGCGACAAACUCGAGAUACCGCCAAUUGACGGCUUUAAUGUCAUAGUCACCGAGAGCAAUGAGGUCCGCGACUAUGUUUUACCUACUGACCCAACGUCGAAAUUCGACUUUUGCAACUUUACUCUAGCACUCAAUCACCAUGGCGCAGACGACGUUGUGUUUGUGAGCAUUUGGCUACCCUCUGAAGAUACCUGGAACGGACGCUUUCUCGCCACUGGUGGUGGCGGUCUUGCUGCGGGUACCUUUGCCUCAGCUCUUGCUGGUCCCGUCUCCAAGGGAUUUGCUGCUGGCUCGACGGAUGCCGGGCUAACGCUGAAUCACACGAUUGACGCGAACUCUGGUCAAUGGGCUCUCAGAGCCAGCGGCAGUAUCAACGAGCCAUUGAUCGAAAACUUUGCCACGCGGUCCAUCCAUGAGAUGGCCCUUAUCGGCAAAGAGGCAGUCAAGGCAUUCUACGGUACCAAACCCCACCACUCUUACUACAGCGGCUGCUCCCAGGGUGGACGACAGGGCUACUUCGCUGCUCAAUACGAUCCGUAUGACUUCGAUGGUGUCCUGGCCAAUGCCCCAGCCAUCAACACACCUCAAUUAUCCCCUGCGGACUUUUGGCCAUCGGUGGUCAUGGGCAACAUUGCCGCACCACCACAGUGCGUUUUCCUGGAGUACCAAAAGGCAAUCAUUGCGGAGUGCGAUCCACAGGAUGGCGCAAAAGAUGGCCUCAUCUCAGCGCCCGAGAAGUGUCAGUUUGAUACCAGCCAACUCAUUGGGCAGAGCAUCAACUGUACUGAUACUGGUGGACCUGUCGUGAUAACGGAGGACUUUGCCGAAGUCAUUGCGAAAACACUUGAAGGCUCAAGAACUACAACAGGCAACUUCUUGUGGUAUGGAAAUCCACCAGGCGCGCCCUUCACCGGCCUCGCCAACACGAAGACGGUUGAUGGUGUCACCGUGCCGGUGCCAUUCGCCGCGGCCGAAGCAUGGAUGCGAUAUUUCGUAGCACAGGACCCAGAUCUCGACACCGCAUCUCUCACGUCCGCAGAGUUUGAGGAUAUCUUCAACGAGUCUGUGGCAAAGUACACGAAGCCUUUUGGAUCCGAUGAUUUCGAUCUCACGGAGUUCAAGCAAGCGGGCGGGAAGCUGUUGACUUGGCAUGGCAUGGGUGAUCCGCUCAUCACCCAUCUCGGGACGACACUUUUCUGGGACAGACUUCAAGAGAGGCUGGGUGGCGUGGAAUCUCUGAAGAGCUUCUAUCGGCUGUUCUUGGCGCCGGGGGCGGGACAUUGCGGUGGUGGGUACGGCCCCGUUCCCGUUGAGCCGCUCUCUGUUCUCGUCGACUGGGUCGAAACUGGCAAGGCCCCAGAUACUUUGUUUGCUGUGACGACGCAGAGUGGUACCAACACGACUCGGAACCUCUGUCCUUACCCCCACUCUAUCAAGUACAAAGGAAGCGGAGACGUGAAGGAUGCCAUGAGCUUCACAUGCGAGUGA